AUGAACUUCAAUCGCGGUGGUGCCCCCUCCAAUAACCUCACUCCCCAGCAAUUAGCUGCUCAGAGACAGAGGAUGCAGCUCCCGCCUCAGCUUCAAAACCUCACACCUCAGCAGCUUCAGGAAUUGAGAAACAAACCGCAAUUCCAAAACAUGCUCCGGCAGUAUUACCAACGUCAACAAAUGGCGCAACAGCAAAUGUCGCAACAAAGCAAUGCGCGUGGCAAUGCGGCUCCGAGUUCUGCUUAUGGCGAUAGAGGUGCUAUGGGACAAAACGCUGGCUCUCCCUCAGCGAACAUUAAUCUAGCUACUGGGAGUAAAGGCAUGAUGGCUGAUCUGGCAGCUAUGAGUGGCAACUUGGGCCUGCUGGCGGGGUUAACCGGAGCUUCAAUGUCGAAUCCGAACUUGUCACAGCAAAUGAUGAACCGUGAUACACAAGCAGCCUUUGCAUCGCAACAAGGUGCAUCGCAACAGAACUUUCAACGUUCGGCUAUUGGUGGUAUGAACGCAGGUGGCAUGAAUGCGGCUUUGAGUGGAAUGCCUGGUGCUGCUGUAAGUGGACAGCAAAAGUAUGCAUCUCAGAUAGCUCAACUGCGGCUGAUGCCACCAAACGCAACACCUAAUCCCAACAUGCCUCCAUUUGUCAACUCAGGUGUACAACCAGGAAUGAAGCCCCUUGACCCGGCUUUUGUUAUGAAAGGGGGCCAGCCUGGCCCAACUCCCACACCCUCCGGAUUCGUCAAGGAGAAGAUUAAAGUGCCUCCACAAUUCGCCCCUGACGCGUUGUCUCAUAUCACACUAACUCCUCUCACAUCACUCAACGAAUGGUCCGAAAAAUUGAAGCAGGAGGGAAAGGAAGUCCCACUUGAUGUAAAGCUUUAUGAGGAUGUAAUCAAGAAAGAUGACUUCUUUCUCCGUAAAACACUGUUGCAGAACCAGAGCAGCAAAGAGCUUUUAGAGAAGAUGGCUCGUGACAUAAAAUCGUAUGCUCAGAUAAAGCAAUUGAGAAUGGGCGCUAUCAAUGCUGCAACGAAAGGACAAUACAGCAAUAGUAUUUGGGGCGAAGGAUAUCUGGGAUACGGAAACGGCGUGACAAACUCUUCAACACAGGUUGUCUUACCUCUUCAGAAUAAAUGCUUCUUGAAGCCUGGACAACUAGCUGUUUCUGAUGCCGAGAUGAACAAGAAUGUCUUAAAAAACAUCGCUUCUAAUUCUACAAGACAGCUUGUUCCGAUUCGUCUCGAGUUUGAUCAAGAAAGAGACCGCUUUAAGCUUCGUGAUACCUUUUUGUGGGACUUAAAUGACAAGACCUACCCCAUCGAGGUAUUCCUCCGUAAUCUCGUGGACGAUUACUCCUUCAUCUCCGAAGUGAACUUCCAGACAAUAUUGCUGUCUGUCAAUGAACAAAUUAAGGAUUAUAGGUCAAAGCCUACGAAUGCCGUUGGAGAGAUUAGAAUUCCCAUAAAAAUCGAUCUCCUAAUAAGCAACACUCAAUAUACUGACCAAUUCGAGUGGGACAUUCUCAGCGACAAGGAAAACGACCCCGAGGAAUUCGCGACAAUUCUCUGCGACGAAAUGAGCUUACCGGGCGAGUUUGCAACUGCAAUAGCUUUCAGUAUCCGGGAACAGUCGCAAAUGUACUACAAGGCCUUGUCAUUGGUUGGUUACAGUUUUGAUGGCUCUUAUAUUCGAGAGGAUGAAAUCAAAUCUCAUAUGGCUCCCCCAUUGAGAAUACAUAAUACUGAACUCGGUCAGGAUGAAGAUUUCAUCACGACGCUUCGGACGCCUACCCUUCUAGGUGAAUACUCCCCUGCUAUUAACAGAAUCACGCAGCUGGAAAUUGAAAAAAUUGAAAGAGAGUUGGAAAGAGAUUCCCGUCGUAGAAGAAGACACAAUAACGAAGGAGCCUUCAGCUACAACGAAAACGGGCCUAACCUGUUUGGAUCUCUGGGAAGAGGAACUGCCUCCAGAAGAACUGCUCCUCAUACUAGCAGAGGAGUUAAAACCACGAUACCAGACCUUUCAGAUGUGCCAAAGACUUUCAGAACACCAUUACCAUCUAGUGUCUUACCUGGAGGUAUUGACCUAGGAGCUCCUGAUAUCAAUGGCUAUAACGAGCUCGUCAUCAAUCGGUCUCAAAUUGCAAAUCCUGAUUAUAAACCUCCUGCACCACCUGGAAUGGUGUCAAUCUAUAAGGAUAGUGCAGGUUCCUUUUUCGUCAAGAUUAAAUCAAGAAGAUUGAGAUAA